GAUUUCUCCAAAAUUAAAACUAAAGGUUAGUAUAUAAGCUUGAGUAAUUGCAUUUUAUACCUUACRCUUAUACAACAACUUCAUCUUUGGCUAAUAAUAAAGUUUGCCUUGAUAAUUCCAAGCGUUGUUAAAUGGGAUACCUGUGGUAAUACCGCGGCCUUCAAGUCUAGUGGGAGUGGGGACGAGAACAGUUUAUUCUCAAAAAUCAUUCCACAGAACUGAAAAUUGAUGAAAAUUAUGAGUUUUCGCAAAAAAAUAAAAGUUCAAGGAGACGAUCCUUAUGAUAUCGGUGAAGAGAGUGACUCAGACGAUGAGAUGGGUUACAAAAGUUCAGACGACGAACUGGAAAUCUCGAAUCGUUUAAUGGAGGAAGUAGAAGAAUGUAUAGGUACAGACAGUGAAGAUGAUUUCGAGAAGGAAAUGCAGAGAGAUCUCGACGAAUCUUUACACCUAAAGGCCAAUCAAGAAUCAGUUAAGUCAACUACUUCAACAUCAGCGUUAGCAAAAACUGGCUCAAAUGAUAAGCAAUCAAAUGAUGAUGCCACUGCAUCAAAGAAAGUUGAACUGUAUGAUGAGGAUUACUUCAGCUCCGGUUCAGAAGAUAAUGAUACGGUUGGGGGCAUGCCUUCGAAGUCUAAACAACGGCGGGAAGUUUUGACAAAUGAUGAGUUAUUCUAUGAUCCUGAUAUGGAUGAUGAAGAUGAGAAAUGGGUGACCAAACAGAGACAACAACAUAUGAAUAAAGCAAAGGACAACACAGCUAGCGCAACAAGCAAGCCCAAAUCUAAGGUCCAGAAAGUUCCAACAAGYGAUGCUAUUUUAUCUUGUCCUGCAUGUAUGAGUACUCUGAGUAUUGACUGUCAAAGGCAUGAAAUCUACAACAACCAAUACAGAGCCAUGUUUGUCAUGAACUGCGAAGUAGUAAGAGAUGAAGUACUGAAAUACCAAGAUCAAAGACACAAAAAUAUUGGGAAAAGAARGGGAAAACAGAAGGGGAAACUAGUCCCAGAAAAUAUGGAAGGACAAAGCACAUCAGAAAACAUGAACUGUGAAACAUUUAAUCCAGUCAAAUGCAGUGAAUGUGGAACAGAAGUAGCUGUCUUUGAUAAAGAURAAGUCUAUCAUUUCUUUAAUGUCCUGACGAGCCAUGCAUAGAAAUGUAUAAUAUUAUUUACACCCAUGUAUAUAUUGUUUGGUAUCAUUUAUAUAAACAGUUAAGUUUGUGA